AUGUUUCCUGUUCCUUUUCGUCGUCAUCGUCCUCAUCAUUAUCGUCAACAACAUCGACGACUACAACAACAACAACAACCUAUUAUUAUACAACAACAUAUCCUCAUCAUUAUCAUCCUCAACAACAAUCCUCCUCCUCCUCCUCCUGCUCCAGUUCAAACACAAACCGUGAUACGUAAUCAAGUUCGUCGUCGUCGUCGUCUUCUACGACAACAACUACAACGACAACUACAACAACAAUAUCGGGUCGUCUUUGGGGCUGGCUCGUUACAAGGUGGUGUUAGUGGUGUGGUCGUGGUAACGAGUACCAGCCCCAUCACUGUCAAUACGUUUUCGUUCUCGUCCCUUGGUGUUGUUUUUCCUCCUCCUCCUGCUCCACCUGCUCCUCCAGCACCAACUACAAUUCAACAACAACCAGCUGAUCAUCCUGAUUAUACUCAAUUUGAUAUUGACAAUAUUUAA